AGGGGGCGGCGCCAUCUUGCCCCCUCGCCAUGGCGCUGGCUCCCGCUGCUCGGGUCUUCGCUGCUCUCGUCCCGGCUUCGGAUCAGGAGAACGCGCGGGGGCCUGAGCUCCGCGGCCGAGCACAAGCCCCGGAGCCGGGUAGGCGGGAGGUCCACGUCAGCUCGUCGGCCGAGUUGUCGGCGCCGCCGGACCGCGCGCGGGUGCGGGUGUUAGUGUGGAGCAGGAAAGAGGCGGCAGCCGAGGCGCGGAGCAGCGUGAGCCGCCGAGUGGAUUACAUCAGCCAGAGCGCCCGCGGCCUCGGCCUCCGGGAGAACAAUGUUACUGUGACAAAAGAUAUCCGCCGAGUUGAGAAUGCCUAUCAGAUGGAAACAGAGAUCUGUGUUAUAUUCAGCGACUUUGGUAAGAUGCAGAAUUUGUGUAACCUACUGGUUGAGAAACUGGACAGUUCUGUCAUCGUGAGCUCACCUCAGUUCUACCACACAGCUGAAGCCGUGGAAAACAUCAGACGGCAAGCAUGUCUUACAGCUGUUGCUAAUGCUCGGUGUAAAGCACAGGAAGUGUGUCGAUUGCUUGGGCAGUCCUUAGGAAGGCCUUUGGUAAUCCGGGAGGAAGAGGUCAAAGAAUCUGAGGGGCUAGCCUCUGAAUCAGCAUCAGUUGUGAGCUCAAGGUCACCAACCAUUCAGCAGCAGAUCAGUAAUGCCUCCGUGACUGUUAAUUCCAAAGUGUUUGUGAGUUUUGAACUUAAAUCCAAAGACAAACUGAAGAGGAACAAUUAAGGAAACCAGUAUCUGAACUUUCCCAGAAUCAAAGAGUUGCUUCUAGAAUGGAAGAAAACAUGAAACAUUCCUAGCCACUUCCGAAUCCCAGUGCGUUUUAAAAUAUGCAGAAAUAUGAAUUUCAAUAGUCAUAUUUAAUGUAGGACAUUAAUAGAGUUGGGAGCACUUUAACAUUUAAUGGUGGUAGUUCUUAUCUAUGCUUAAUGUAAUUGCAAGACUUACAAGUAGGUUGAAGAAGGUCCUUUGGUUCUUUUGAUCUCAUUUUUCUAAAAUAACGGUUCCAUUACAACAUCAAACAGUUCCUUAAAACAUCCAGAGUCCUGGCCUCACUCUCUUUUCCUGUAUGCAUCUUUCAAAUGGAUAAAUAAAGAGAGUAACUGAGA